GAGCCUCCUUGUGGCUGAGAAGCGCCAUGGCCAGCAUCGUACCGGCCUCCCUGGCUGCUCUCCUGCUGCUGCCUCUGACGGCCGCCAUGCACUCCGACUGCAUGUUCAAGCAGGAGCAGAUCCUGUGCCUGGAGAAGAUCCGGAAGGCCAACGAGCUGAUGGGCUUGAACGCCUCCUCCCUCGGCUGCCCCGGGAUGUGGGACAACAUCACGUGCUGGAAGCCCGCCCACGUGGGCGAGAUAGUCCUGGUCAGCUGCCCCAAGUUCUUCCAGAUCUUCGAUCCAGACCAAGUCUGGGAGACAGAAACCAUCGGAGAGUUUGGUUUUGAAGACAUUAACUCCUUGGACUUCGCAGGCAUGAGGGUGGUGAGCCGGAACUGCACGAAGGACGGCUGGUCGGAGCCCUUCCCUCACUAUUUAGAAGCUUGUGGGUUUGAUGAAUAUAAUGAAUCUGAGUCUGGGGACCAGAAUUACUACUACAUGUCGGUGAAGGCCCUGUACACAGUUGGCUACAGCACGUCCCUCGUCUCCCUCACCACUGCCAUGGUCAUCUUGUGUCGCUUCCGGAAGCUGCACUGCACCCGCAACUUCAUCCACAUGAACCUGUUCGCGUCCUUCAUGCUGAGGGCCAUCUCGGUCUUCAUCAAGGACUGGAUCCUGUACGAGGAGCAGGACAACAACCACUGCUUCAUCUCCACCGUGGAGUGCAAGGCCAUAAUGGUUUUCUUUCACUACUGCGUCGUGUCCAACUACUUCUGGCUGUUCAUCGAGGGCCUGUACCUCUUCACCCUGCUGGUGGAGACCUUCUUCCCCGAGAGGAGAUACUUCUACUGGUACACCAUGGUUGGCUGGGGGUCCCCAACCAUCUGUGUGUCGGUGUGGGCUGCGCUGAGGCUCUACUUUGACAACACAGGCUGCUGGGAUAUGAAUGACAGCACUCCUCUGUGGUGGGUGAUCAAAGGCCCCGUGGUUGGUUCCAUAAUGGUGAACUUCGGGCUCUUCGUGGGCAUCAUCUUCAUCCUCGUGCAGAAACUCCAGUCUCCGGACAUGGGAGGCAAUGAGUCCAGCAUCUACUUCAGCUGCGUGCAGAAAUGCUACUGCAGGCCAGAGCGGGCUCAGCAGCACUCUUGCAAGAUGUCAGAACUGUCCACCAUUACUCUGCGGCUGGCGCGGUCCACCCUGCUGCUCAUCCCGCUGUUCGGGAUCCACUACACGAUCUUCGCCUUCUCCCCCGAGUACGUCAGCAAGAGGGAGAGGCUGGUGUUUGAGCUGGGCCUGGGCUCCUUCCAGGGCUUCGUGGUGGCUGUUCUCUACUGCUUUCUGAAUGGGGAGGUGCAGGCGGAGAUCAAGCGUAAGUGGCGGAGCUGGAAGGUGAACCGCUACUUCGCCGUGGACUUCAAGCACCGGCACCCGUCCCUGGCCAGCAGCGGGGUGAACGGGGGCACCCAGCUCUCCAUCCUGAGCAAGAGCAGCUCCCAGAUCCGCAUGUCCGGCCUCCCGGCCGACAACCUGGCCACCUGA